AUGGGUUCGCGAGGAGAGGAGAUUCUGGCCCGCGUACAGCUGCGCAUCUCCGCACUUGAGGAUGAGCUGCAAAAUGAGCUCGAAAAGCACAACCGCGCUGCGGUAGCGCACAUCCAGCAUCAAAUUCAAGACUUGCAGGCCAAGUACAGCGAGGACAGCCGACGGACUAGGCCCAUCCUGAGUUCCGAGGUGCUGGCCGCCCUCAAGCACCACCCGCUGCCCCUGGCCCCGGUCUCGCUGGACUCGCUCGCCGACACGCCCAAGACCCACCUCCCUCGCACCCCACCACCCACCCCCUCCAUCGAGCCCCUCGACCUCUACCCCGCCUCGACCGAGUCACAGGCUGAGCCAAUGGAGGAGGAGGAGCCCGCGCAGCCGUUCCUCUACAAGUCGAACGAGUCGAUCCCUGUGCUCUACGAACCGGACACCACCGCCAUCAAGAAGGAGGGGGAGUUCAUCCAGCCUCAGGCCCACGAGUCUCGGGAGACCUCCGCCCCCACCGCCAGCAUCUACGUGUAG